AUGGGCGUGCUUCAACCUCGAGGGCGGCGUGAUUCGCGCGCUUCAGCUCUCUCACGCAGCUUGGGUUGGGAUCGUGGUCGGGAUCCGGAUGCAUCGAUCGCGCCAGAAUCCCUCGUGGAACAUGCGCAUGCCAAUUUGGGCAGCUCCGCGGGAGCCGGAACAGAGGCCAGCAGCUACAAUGCCUCCAGCAUGAGAACUCCCAGUCGCUCCUUUUAUCACCGAUCUUUUAAUGCCCCUACCGACACCGCCCACUAUGCAUCAAGUGGAUUGCGUGAACAGACGGCUGAAUUAGCAACAUACGGCCUCUCUCUCAAUAGAAGACAAUCGCGGGGGAAAACUAGCUUAGCGCCGAGUCUGGACAUCUUUCGCAGUCAAAUCCAACAAUCACCAUCGGCCUCGCAGGAUGGCGUGGCCAGCUCAUACCUUCUCGGGGAAGAUGACGAUUCGAAUUCCCAGGCCGUGCUCCUAGAUCCUUCGACUGCCUCGGCAUCAUCGGCAUUGACACAAAUGAUCCAGCAUCCGAAUCACGAUAUGGAUCACACUGCCAAACCAGUAGAAGACGCCCCCUUUUCGCACCUGUCGACUAUUGAUGAUGAAUCCGAGACCCGCGAAACGGAGACUACCUCAUUGCUAUCCAAGGUCCGAUCUAAAUCCUUGCACCAGUAUGGCGCGACGGAGGACGUGGAAGGUCUGGGCCGGCCAGCUCAGCGGGGGCCGAACGCGGCAGUUCAGGGCAUCGCAGCAGUGAGAGAGUGGUCAAGCAUUCUGGCGAACCCGAAAGCUUGGGAUCGGCGAGCGAUCUGGAGGAGCGGCGUUGUUCAUCCUCUGAGUCUGCUCCCCGCGGUCAUUCUUGGUCUCCUUCUCAACAUCCUCGACGCGCUCUCCUACGGCAUGAUUCUGUUCCCCCUCGGUGAACCAUUGUUCGCACACCUCGGGGCAGAUGGAAUUUCCAUGUUCUACGUCAGCACGAUCAUCUCCCAGGUAGUCUUCUCCAGCGGAGGGUCCAUCUUCAAGGGGGGAAUCGGCAGUGAGAUGAUUGAAGUGGUCCCGUUCUUCCACCAAAUGGCAUUUACCAUCAUGGACCGGAUAGGCAAAGACAAACCACAAUCGGUCAUUGCCACCACGAUCCUCGCCUUCUCGGCCAGUUCCGUGCUGACAGGUCUGGUCUUCUUCCUGAUGGGCGCCUGUGGUCUCGGAUCACUGAUCGGAUUCUUUCCUCGCCAUAUCCUGAUCGGCUGUAUCGGUGGGGUGGGCUACUUCCUUCUGCAGACGGGGGUGGAGGUCUCUGCUCGCCUCCCGGGUUCUCUCGAAUACAAUCUCGGCACUCUCCAAAAGCUCUUCCAGCUCGACACCUUUCCACUUUGGAUGAUACCCCUUUUCCUUGCCAUUGCUCUCCUUGUUUUGAAGCGUUUCGUACGAUCUAAUUUCCUUGUCGGUGCCUACUUUAUUGGUGUAGCCGUGAUUUUCUAUAUCGUGAUUCUCAGUGCCCGAAUCUCGAUGCCAACUUUGCAUCACAAAGGUUGGGUGUUUGAUGCACCAUCCUCUAACCAUCCGUGGUACCACUUCUAUACUCUAUAUGAUUUCUCGGCAGUGGACUGGGUGGCUUUCCUAGACACCAUUCCCGCCAUGUUCGCACUGACCUUUUUCGGAGUUCUCCACGUGCCGAUCAACGUUCCAGCGCUCGGCAUCUCCACCGGGGAGGACAAUCUUAACGUGGACCGAGAGCUGAUGGCACACGGUGUCACCAAUGCCUUGUCGGGCUUCGCAGGGAGCAUUCAGAACUAUCUGGUGUAUACCAACAGCCUCUUGUUCAUUGCAAGCGGUGGGAACUCCCGUCUGGCCGGUCUCAUGUUGGCCGCUGCCACGGCCGGGAUCAUGUUCAUCGGGCCGGUCAUCAUUGGUUACAUCCCAGUGAUGGUCGUCGGCGCCUUGAUCUUCUUGCUCGGUAUUGAACUCUUGCAGGAAGCCCUGGUUGACACAUGGGGCAAGCUGACGAGACUGGAAUAUUUGACGGUUGUCAUCAUUGUUGUGACCAUGGGCGCAGUGGACUUUGUGAUGGGCAUUCUGGUUGGAAUUAUUCUGGCCUGUGUGAAUUUUGUCGUCCAGACCUCCCGCAAAUCUGCCAUCCGUGCGACCUUUUCUGGAGAGAUUGCUGGAUCCACGGUCCGUCGGCCACCAAUCCAGCAACAGUUCCUCCGAGAAGCUGGACGGCAGACGUUGAUCAUGAAGCUGGGGGGCUAUCUCUUCUUUGGCACAAUUGUCAACGUCGAGAACACGAUGCGCGGGCUGAUUGAAGAGGAGGCUUUUUCGCAACAACCAAUCCGCUUCCUCAUUCUUGAUUUCUCACGCGUGUACGGUCUUGAUUUUUCUGCCGCCGAAGCGUUCACGCGCAUCAACCGGGUGCUACUGAAGCGAAAUGUUCAAACAGCUAUCUCUGGUCUGAACGUCGAAGGCGAGGUCGGUAAGUCUCUUCAGAAUGUUGGCCUCUUCGAGCCUGAGUCUGGCGUCCCGAUCUUCGAAGACCUCAAUGCCGCCCUUGAAUUUUGCGAGAACAAUUACCUCAAGAUCUUUUACGAUCAUCAAGAAGCAUUCAUCCGCACCCCCUUGGGGACAACGACUCCGGAGACCGUCAUUGAAUGUGAACCCCAGUCGCCGCUCCCUGUGCCUCAAAUCCCCAAUGCAAGCCUGGCCGAUGGCAUGGUGAGUUCCCCACGUGGGCAAUACCUCCAACGAGUAGCGACCAGCACCCUCCGUGACCACGAACAUCAGACGACAUUGAUGGCUGCUCCCGCCUGGUCGUUAAUGCGCCAACCCCUUCCACUCCUCCUUCAAACCUUCCAGGGUCUUUCGACUCAGAACGAAGACUUCUGGUUCCCCGCAUGUGCAUACUUCUCCCGCAAGUCAUACCCAGCAGAAGCGGUCUUGUAUCACGAAGGAGAGGUCCCUCGCGCCUUUUAUCUCCUCGAAUCUGGCAUGCUCCGUGCCGAGUACAACCUACCGCAGGGCCGAUACUUUGAGCUUAUCGUCGCCGGUCGGCCAUGUGGUGAAUUGCCUUUCUUCAGUAACACACGGCGCACUGCCACCGUCAAGGCGGAGCACGAUUGCGUGGCUUGGUGUCUAAGUGAUGAGCGCUGGAAAGCACUGCAGGAGGAAGAGCCCCGGAUUGCAAGGGAGUUGCUUACCGUGAGCUUGAAGCUGACGACGGAGAGGAUGGACAGCAUUACUUCAUAUGUGUUAACUAUGGCGGCUUAA